AUUUGAUAUUCAAAGUAACUGAAACACUAUGAAAGGUUUCGUGCUUUUGUUCCUUAGUUGCCUGUUAUCAGCCGCACUUGCUGAAAUUACAAUAAUUACAAAGUCAGACAUUGCUGGAUAUGAAAAUCUGAACUCAAACACGAUUGGAACAAAUGAAAAUUCUGUUGAAAAAUCAGAUGAUAUUGUGGCCGCUAUUUUCACUGACCAACUUCCCAAGGAACAAAAAUAUGAUGUUAACAAAAAAUGUUCCUGGCGCCAUUGCAUUCUAAAAUGCAUACCAAAAAUUGGCGUGUGUCUUAAGGGACAUUGCAUCUGCGUAAAAAAACCAUGGUAAUUAUUUCUAAUU